CAUUAUAGAUUAUUAUAAGUGGUCCCCUAAAUUCACUUCCUGAAAUUCUGAGUGGUGUGUUGUUGUCGUUGUAAAGAUGGUCGUGGUAGCAUUAACUUCCUUGCCAAUUGUUACAAAAUAACUUUCCUCUUUCUUUCCAGCCGAACUUUAAAAAAAAGAAGCACAACAUGUUUCAUGACGAGCCCGCAAAUGAGAAUGAAUGGGCUCAAAGACAUUUACCAAGAUAUCCCGCCAGUGAUCCUGCGUCUGGCAGAAGAGAGGGUCUCAUCCCGUCUCUACUGCAGCUCAGCAGAGGGACUGGAGGCCAGAGUAUCAAGUCUGGUGGAGGUCUUUCUAGUGGAGGUGUAUCGUUGCAGGGUGUGCCAGUUCACCAGUAGCAUUAAAGCCAGCAUCUGCACCCAUGUAGCAGAAACGCAUGAUCUAGGUCCUCUCACGUGUUUGGAGAAAGAUGACGGUGAAAGCUCAGAUUGUGGCUUAGAGGUUGAAGAGAGUGAGGAUCUGAACCAAAACGAUGCCUCCUAUGACUUGGAUGGCGAGCUGCACACCAAAGACGGUGAAGACCACAUGGACCAUAUGGGACUGGAACGCAUGUCCUUCCUGCUGCCCAUGUAUGGGAUGCUUCAGAACAUGAGCCCUCAGUCCUGUGACAUGGGCCUCAGCUCUAACUCAGAGGGCAGUCUCCAUGUGGGGGAAACCUGUGAGGUGAGUACCUUGUUUGCAGAGGAUGGAGAUGGUGGGGACAGUGAAGAAGAGUCUGUGUUCCAGCUCCGUGACUCCAGUACACACUUGCCAAAUGCUCUGUCCUGUCGAAUGGACUCAGACACUGAUGAUGAGGAGAUGGCUCAGUCAGCACACCUCAUGACACUGGGCUUAUGCCGCAUCUCCAGCAACAAGGUCCACCAACAGCCCAGCGCUCCCGACUGUAAGCCUGCUUCAGGCACACGAGACACCGGGGACUUCUUAGAUGAAAAACAAACUACCUUGUCCAUCCCUGACACACUUCAGCAAAUUGAGGAGGAUGGGGGCCUAUGUUGUGUUCUCUGCCAGGUAGUAGUGCCGAACCGGAGUCUGUUGGACGUGCACCUCAAGUGCCACAAUGGGCCACACGAGUUCAUAUGUCCUCGUUGUGGUGUGGAGGCCCAGGAGUGGGCGGACAUGGAGCGCCACUGGCGGGGGCACAGCAAGAGGAGGGGCGCCAGGCCGCACAAGUGUACCACAUGCCAUAAGAUGUUUCAGAGCGAGGAUGCCCGGCAUGCCCAUGAGCGGAAGCAUAAACGCCGGAAGCGAGCUCAAACUCAACCUCAGACUCUCUUACAGUGCUCUUCCUGCCAGGAAUGGUGCCACUCUAAGUUGGAGUUAGAGUUGCACAAAGGCUGUCAUUGCCAGGGAGGGUUCCGAUGUCCACACUGUGAUUUCAUUGAUAACUCUUGGAAAAAGGUUCACAGGCAUAUUCGAACAAGACACAAAAAACGGGAAAAAAGGAAGAGAAAUUACCAAGAGCCACGCAACUGCUUGAAUGAGAAUUCACAAAAGCCAAAGACAUUUGAGCCAGAUACAUGGUAUCAGCCAGUGAAGAAGAGAGUCGAGCAAAAGACUGCUGGAAAGGAGGGGGGUGGACAGAGUAAUGGCCAUUCACAAGAAGGGACUAUUAGCCUCAAGAAGAAAACAGGGGGGAGGAAGGAAUUCUGCUGCACCCUUUGUGACAGGAAGUUCUCCACGAAGAUGACCAUGCGUCGCCACAUGGGCAUCCACCAGGGAGACAAACCCUUUGAGUGCCCACAUUGUGACUACUGCACCCGACUUAAAGCCUCCCUGGAGCAGCACCUCCGAGUUCACACAGAGGUCACUGUUUUCUGGCUGUAGGUGAGAAGCCCUUCAAAUGUACCCAGUGUUCGUAUGCCUCCAUCGACCGAAGCUCCCUCCGC